UGAAAAUAUUGUGAAAAAGAAACAAGAUCAAAGAAAUCCUAAACGCCUCCCAAAUAAGAAAUAUGCUAUUAAAAAGAGAUUACCAGUGCGACCUGUUGAAGGCGAAAAUGUUAUAUUUGUAACCAAAAAGACUAAUUUCAAGAUGAUCUGGAACCACUGACAGAUGAUGUAGACUUCGAUGCUCAGGUCAGACAUUCCUCAUCAAUUCACAUCCGGAUAUUCAGGAAUGCAAUGCUUGGGUCCAACAAGUAAACAUGUUUUUCACACUUAACGAGAUUGUGCAGUGGUUGGGACUCACUGUUUUUGAAAUAUGGAUAAAUUUGAUUACAAUUGCUAUAUUCACUGCGCUGCUUGCUCUUAAGAUCGAUGGUGUGGUGAACAGUGCAUGGUGGACAAUAUUUGCCCCAUUAUUUGUGAGUGAUGCUAUGAACGCAUACUUUUGUUGCAUAGUGUGUAUAAGAAUGACUUUAGAAGUCUCCUACAAAGCCUCACUGUAUAGGGUAUCCUGGAGUUGUAUAUUUUUAGGUCUAACAUUUGUGUUUAAGUUCUUACUAUGUAGAAAGCUUCAAGGUGACUCAGCAAUAGAAUAUAGUGAAGUGUUUGCUCCACUGUUUAUUUUAUUGCAGCUCAUAGCUGUAAGAGCUUGUCAGUUACAUCAAUAAAGAUUUAAUCAUGUUUUUAUCUAACUUUUCUGUAAUAAAGAUAUACAGAACAUAAAAA